CUCUAAGUCCAGGAGCAGCGACCAUCCAGGGUCUCUACUGGGGAUAUAGGUUUGGAAGGGAUUGCAGUGUCCAGGGAAGAGUGGAAUGAAUCACAAAAGCCAUGGAGCAGAUGAAGUGUGAGCUCAGAAAUAUGCCCAAGGUAAGUUAGGAGGCCAGUUUGAAAGAGAUCUCAGGAGUCGCACCCUGCCUAGGGAGAGGUGGCAGGUUAUUAGAGAGAUCACCCCCAAGGCGGAAGGGGCACGCGGAGAGCCCCUAGGGGCGCCGGAAGGGGCGCGCGGGGCGGUUGGCAGCGGCCGGGGCCGGCGGCCGUUGGCUAACUGGCCUACCAAGCUAGCUCUGGCUUCUUGCCGGGCUGCGGCCACAAUGACAAAGGAUUCACCCACCCCCUUGGGUGGUGGCCGCUCGUCGCCCAAGAAGCCAGGAAGCCCCGGCCCAGCGGCAGCAGUGCUGGAAGAGCAGAGGCGAGAGCUAGAGAAACUGCGGGCAGAGCUGGAGACAGAGCGUGCGCGCGGCCGGGCGGAACGGCGGCGUUUCGCGACCCAGGCGCGCCAGCUGCGGGAGUCGGCCGAGCAGGAGCGGCAGCAGCUGGCUGACCAUCUGCGCUCCAAGUGGGAGGCACGACGCCUCCGGGAGCUGCGGCAGCUGCAGGAGGAGGUGCAGCGCGAGCGUGAGGCUGAGAUCCGGCAGCUGCUGCGCUGGAAGGAGGCAGAGCUUCGGCAGCUGCAGCAGCUGCUACACCAGGAGCGCGAUGGUGUAGUGCGCCAGGCUCGGGAGCUACAGCGCCAGCUGGCCCAGGAGCUGGUGAACCGCGGUUACUGCGGCCGCUCGGGGGCGUCCGAAGCCCCCGCUGCUCAAUGCCGCUGUCGCUUGCAGGAAGUGCUGGCGCUGCUGCGCUGGGAGACCGACGGCGAGCAAGCCGCGCGCAUCCGCCACCUGCAGGCGGCGCUGAACUCGGAGCGCCAGCUCUUUCUUAAAUACAUCCUAGAGCACUUCCGCUGGCAGCCCGCUUUACCGGAACCCGCGGACCCCCAAGCCGCGCAUUCCUUGGAAGAGCCACCCCUAAAAGCCCAGAGCAACACUUAUGACACCCCAAAGCCUGCUCGUCGACUCGGAUCCCUCGAAAGCCUGAGCACUGGCGUCCGGGUUAGCUCUCCAAACGAACUGCUGCCCGCGCGCUCCAGCUCCCUCGAAUCCUUGACAAGAGCACAUUCCUGUCCACUGAGUUGUCCCCGGGCUUCCGAAUCCGAGGUAGGGGGCUCUUCGACCAGUGCCCCCAUCCCAGGCACCCCCAGUUCCCAUCCGCCGCCUCAGCUACCAUCAAUACAUAGAAAAACUAGUGAGCUGCAGGAAGAAAGCUCCGAGAACAAGCCCUGCGAAGCCCUGACCCCCUCGCCACAGGGUCAGGACUACCACGAACUGGUGAGGCAGAACUCGGAGUUGGCCGAGGCAUUGCAGGUACUUGUUCGCCGCUGCUGUGGCCUGCGCGAAGAGAAUUUGCAGCUGCGGCGUUCGGGCUUCUCCGAUGAGACCGAUGAGAAAGUGAAGUGGCUGAAGGUGAAGCACGCAGAGCUGACCGGUCUUGCUCAGCGCCUUGAAGACAGGGUCCGCAAGCUGCUGGAGUCCAACCUUCUGGCCGUGAGCGCUCCUGUGCCGGGUGAAAGCCUCGAGGGACUUAAUCUGGGCCAAGUGUUUACCCGUCAGUGCACUCAGGAUCUGUCAGAACAGGCUGGCGCGCUGCAAGCCAAGGAUCUGCAGAUCGAAGCACUUAGGCGGGAGUGCCACCUGCUGCAGGCGUACAUCGCCACGGACUUCGGCAGUUCCCCGCUUCCUGGAGAGGGCGCCACCUGCGCGCAAUGGUGCAGCAUCAAUGACUUGGACCGGCUGCAGCGUGAGUCUCAGCGGGAAGUGUUGCGCCUGCAAAGACAGUUGACUCUACAUCAGAGUAAAGCCGGAGCCCGGGCUGAAGCAGGAAGCCUCAGCUCACCCUCCGAGACAGCGCAACACCAAGUGCAGGCUCUGGAGAGGGAACUGGGUGCACAGCGGCGGGAAUGCAAGGAGCUGAGCGCUCAGGCAGCCGCCGCAGAGCGGCGAUAUGAGGAAGCAGAGGCACAACUGCAAGCUGCGCUGCAUAAGGGCGCCAGGCUGUCAGAGGAGAACGCGCAGCUGCAGGCCCUGGCCAACUGGGUGAAGAAGAUAGCAGAUGAGAACAUCAAUGUUCCCCAGCAGCAAAGCCACGCGAGGCAGAGGCAGGAACUCGAAGAUACUGGCCUGCUGGCUGAGCAGCUGCUGCAACAAGCGGGAUGUGUGCAAGACAGGUGGCAGCAGCUGCAGUACUACCAAAAUAAAACCCCGAGUGACCUCCAGGCUUCUGGGAGAGAGAUGCAGGACUUGCAGUGUCAGCCUGACCACCCCCCGGAGACAUUGGAGACCACCCAAGCUUCAGAGUCCCAAGCCAGGGGUAGCAGGAAGCCCAAAAUCAAGCCAAAGUUUGAAGAACAUGCAUUGCCACUGCCUACCAGGGACAUACAACCUCCCAUUUCUCUCUCCCAGCAGAACUCAGUUACCCUUGAGGAGCCAGCUGGUAUCCCCCAAGUAUCAGACAAAAAUCCUACCAGUCAACCACUGGACUCCAGGUCCCAAGCCAAGAAAACCAGUUCACACUCAAAUUCCUCCUCUGAGGUGGAGUCCAUGUGGGCUACAGUGCCAUCCUGCCUUUCUCUGGACAUGGACACAGCAAGUGAAGUAGAUGAUUUAGAACCAGACAGUGUGUCCACUCCCCUGGAAACAAGGAGCUUUGAGGCUCCUACCACUCCCAAGCUCAAGAUCUUCUUGGCUAAAUAUAGCUACAGUCCACUUGAAGGGUCUAACAAGCAUUCUCAAGGCCAGCUCCCUCUCACAGCCGGGGAUUAUGUAUAUGUCUUUGGGGACAUGGAUGAGGAUGGUUUCUAUGAAGGGGAGCUUGUGAACGGGCAGCGAGGGCUAGUGUCCUCCAACUUAGUGGAGCAGAUUUCAGGAAGCCCUACCCUGAACCACCUAUUCCCCGAGUCCCCUGAAGUUGGUCCCACUGCACUUCCAGCUGAGCAUAGCAAAGCCUUGAAGAAAGACAGCUUAUUACUUGGGGAAGUUCAGGGAGCAGUGGAGAGAGUCCUAUGCCAGGUGGUAAGGGCAGACUCUAAGACAGAUAAGGCAGUAGAGGUUUUAGAAACCGAGACAGAAGGCUGCUGGCUGGGCAUGAAACCAAGCAUGGAGGAGCGGAGUUUCUCCAGACCCCUUCUGGAGGCUAAAGGGGUGUUCUGUCUGGCCCCCAUGCAACUGCAGCUGCAGAAUGUCACAGCUACCUCUGCCACGAUUACGUGGGCCUCUGGCAGCAAUAGAUACCCCCAUGUGGUAUACCUGGAAGAUGAAGAGCAUACCCUAACUCCCUCAGGUGUGAGCUGCUACACCUUCCAAGGCCUAUGUCCUGGCACGCGGUACCGGGUGAGGGUGGGGGUGCAGCUCCCUAGGGACCUGCUGCAGGUGCUAUGGGAAACAAUGUCCUCCACUGUCACAUUUGAUACACCUUUAGCGGGACCCCCUGACCCUCCUCUGGAUGUGCUGGUGGAACACCAUGCCUCUCCAGGUUUCCUGGUGGUCAGUUGGCUCCCUGUGACCAUUGACUCGGCGGGGUCCUCCAAUGGAGUGCAGGUCACUGGCUAUGCUGUGUAUGUGGAUGGGUUUAAGGUGAUGGAAGUUGCUGAUCCCACCGCUGGAAACACCCUGCUGGAAUUUUCCCAGCUUCAGGUUCCCCUAGCAUGCCAGAAGGUUUCAGUGAGAACCAUGUCACUCUACGGUGAGUCCCUGGAUUCCGUGCCAGCCCAGAUUCCUGAGGACUGUUUCUCUUGUUCCCUAUUCCUAGAGACUCCUCCCUUCAGCUACACAGAUGGUGACCCUUCUGCCUGCAGAGCUGCUUUCUCUGUUUGUCAUAAGAAGCUGGUACAAGCUUCUCUGAGUACCAAGCCCAGCUGCCAUAGCCCCAGAAGCUGUGAGGAUCCUCAGGAUGAGUUUCUAGAAGCAUUCUCUGAAGAACCUCCAAGGAAGCAUUCACCAGUAUCCAACUUGAGCUCAGAAGGGCAUUCACCAGUAUCCAACUUGAGCUCAGAAGGGGCAGACAACCAAGUCCAGGGGCCCACAGAGGCCCGGAAGGACUAUGAGAAGGGCCUAUCUUUUCAGGAGAGUCCCAAGAACCACAAGCCACUUCUGCUCUUUGGCAAGUCUGGGCUGGAAGAUGGCCACUUCCCACACAUGUGCAUCAGUGGAAGUCCUGCUCCAGGAUUCACCCAUCUCUCCCCAGAGACUGGACCCAGGAAAGUACCGUGUCAGAAGCCUGGCCUUGAGAAAGCCCUUCUUCAAAAGCAGUAUGCACAGAUGCUCCCACCUCACCAGCAAGGCUCCAGCCAAUGCCUGGCAACUGACUGGAAUCACGUUUUGGAGGAUACGGAGGCUGUGUGUUUGGAUUCUGAGUGCACAGAGAAGCUAGGGCAAAGAAAGAACACUUUCCAAAGUGGACAAAGGCAGGAGACUCCAAUGCCAACCAACAAAGUCAUUAAGAUGGCAAGUGGUGGCCCUGAGACAGAAGCUAAUGGUCCAGUCAGGGUCUUUGUGGCCCUCUUUGACCAUAGCCCCCCGGUGAUGUCUGUCAACUCCAAGGAUUCAGAGGAGGAACUGGUAUUCCGGAAAGGGCAGUUGCUGAGAGUGUGGGGUUCACGGGAUCCUCAUGGCUUCUACCAUGGAGAGUGCAAUGGACAAGUGGGCAAAAUCCCUGGACAUCUGGUAGUUGAGGUAGAGGUGGGCACAAGGCAGACUAACGAGAGGUGGCUUUUGCCAGCCCAAGGGCAUCUGCGUUCUGAGACUCAGCAUGAAGACUUGGAGGGUCUAACCAACUUCCAGGGAUCUUUCAUGCCUCAAGGGACUCCCAGAAUACCCACUCUGUGGACCCCAAAGACAAUGGUUGCAGCUCUGGACUAUAACCCCAGGGAUGGGAGAGCAGGGGUCCGGGCAAAGGGUAAGCUGGUGCUGAGGGCUGGAGAUGUGGUCACAGUUUAUGGGCCUGUGGAUGAUAAGGGCUUCUACUAUGGUGAGUAUGGUGGACACAGGGGCCUGGUCCCAGCCCAUCUGCUGGAUGACUUACCUGUCUAUGGAGAGUAAGCAGGACUCCUUUGUAGGGCAGUAGCCUGUGGCUGCCUACACCCCUUGGAAGGUGAAGCAAGCACGUGCGCCUUCACACAACACCCCUCCUUGCCAGCCACCUUAAGCAACACUGGCUCCAGGCGACAUCACCUGAAACUGAGGACAGUCCUCAGAUAGCCUUCUGGUGUCCAACAGAGGCAGGACAUAAAUCUGAAUUCUUUCCAAAAGAAAACCCCUGAGAGUUUGUUAUGAAUAACCAUGACAGGUACCAGAAAUGCCUUUUUCUGUGAUCAGUAUGUUUUCUUUAACAGGUUAACGUUAUCCAUCCAUUGCCUUGUACGAAAGUCUCAAGAAAAGUUGCAUCUUAAAAUGAAAAAGCAAACAGAAUGCUAUUUUUCUAUUUUAUGUUCAACCCUCAUUAAAAUGUUCAUAGA